AAUCAACGGUCCACAACAAUCUGAUUUUAAAUCACCACCACAAUUCCGAAUAUUUACCAUUUUCCCCCAAACCUGCGUUUCAGUGUUCACCACGAAAAGACGGUUUUCCUCCAUUUCUUCUUCCUCAAUCCACACACACACACACACACACACACACUCUUCCCUUUCAUUUUAAUUUGACAGAAUUUCUCGAAUUCAAUCUCUCUCACUCAAAUUUAGAAACGAAUCAGCUGCAGAAAAUGAGCAAAGGACCGGGACUCUUCUCAGAUAUUGGCAAGAAAGCCAAAGAUCUGCUGACCAGAGAUUAUCUCUCCGAUCACAAAUUAUCCGUCUCCUCCGUUACUGAAUCUGGACUGGCCUUGACAACAUCCACAGUGAAAAAAGGAGGCUACUCAUCUGGUGAUGUGGCUGCUCAGUACGUGUACAAGAAUACUUUUCUUGACGUCAAAGUUGAUACGGAAUCGAAUAUCUCAGCAACUGUAGCGAUUACUGAUAUCGUUCCCUCGUCAAAGACCAUCGCCACACUGAAAUAUCCAAAUUAUGAGUCUGGCAAGAUGGAAUUUCAAUACUUUCACCCUCAUGCAGCCCUAAGUGCAGCUGUUGGUCUGAACCAAACCCCUCCAAUCGAUCUUUCAGUCACCCUCGGUACACCCACAUUUGCAUUGGGUGCAGAGGCAGGUUACGAGACAACUUCCGGUAAAUUGACAAAAUACACCGCCGCCAUAACUGUGACAAAACCAGAUUCCUGUGCCUCCAUUAUUCUGGGUGACAAAGGGGACACUAUAAAGGUAUCAGUCAUACACUAUUUGGAUCAAUCAAAGAGGAGUGCUGGUGUGGGUGAGAUCGCAAGAAAAUUCUCCACAAACGAGAACACAUUAUCAGUCGGAGGGUCUUACGCAAUUGACAGUCUGUCGCUCGUGAAAGUGAAGCUUAACAAUCAUGGCUCACUGGGGGCCGUUUUGCAGCACGAACUGGCUGGAAAAUCACUUGUGACUAUAUCCAGUGAAUUCGACACUAAGGCAUUGGAUAAGACACCAAAGUUUGGUGUAUGCCUUGCUGUGAAACCUUGAGAGCCGUAGUAGUUGAGUUUCUUUUUUGAAAGUUGCGUUGGAAAUAAGUUGUAUACCGAUAUACAAUUUUUAGAUCGUAGGGAAUCAAAGCGUCAUUUGAUGUGAUGCAAAUGGGGUAGUCGGUUUUCCUCAGUUUUUCAACUAUCCCUUUAUCAUUCUUGUUGAGGAUUUUUUGCAUGAAAGAUAUUCUUUGGAGUUGUUAACUCUUUGGUUUGCAACUUUGUUUCAUGGCACAUUUGGUUUCUUUGGAAUAGCUCUACCCUUCUGUCGGUAGAGGUAGUAAGAAUUUCAGGCGAACUCGGUGCAACGAUACUGGUACAAUUGGUUGAUCUAAAGUUGAAUUUAGUUCAAACGUUUGAACUAAAUUGUAAUCUAACUUUGAACUUCAAACAAGAGUUAAUCUAGUUUUUUUAUUCCUAAUC